AUGUUGCGCCCCUCCUUCGUCGCUUUGCUUGCUCUCCUGAGUACCGCAGGCUUCGCCAACGCUUGGUUCCGCGUUGCUUGCGCUGUCAACAACGGCGGUCUGCUCGUCUAUUACCAAAACCGUGGCGAUCUUGACAAGAAAAACGGUGGGCCGGGCCUAAAGGCGUUCCCGCCUGGCCUCCGGAUGAUUACCGGGGACCCGAGGCGCAGAAGCAAGAAGUACCCCGUCGGCGAGGGUAGCCAAGGUGAACUUAGCGAGCGUGCCAUCCAGUGGUCUUGCUUGCGCUACGGCUCUGCUGAGGGUUACGACAACACCAACGGCACUGGCUUCCCCUGGACGGACUGUGAAUCCGGAUUUAAUGUACGUUUGCCUGCUUGCUGGAACGGCAAGGACCUGUACAAGGAUGAUCAGUCGCACGUGGCCUACUUGACGGGACUGGAUAAUGGUGCCUGCCCUUCCGGCUACCCUGUCGGGUUCAUCAAACUGUUCUAUGAGAUCACUUGGGAUGUCCACGCGUUUGCCAGCCGCUGGGACCCCAACACACAAAAGUGGCCAUUCGUGUACGCUACUGGUGACCCUACGGGCUACUCCUGGCACGGGGAUUUCCAGAACGGCUGGGACACCACCGCUCUGCAGAAUGCCAUCGAUCAAUGCGACAAUCCCAACGACCAGACCGGGAACGGCGUGACGGAAGCCUGCAAAUUUUUCACCGUCAACUCCGCGUCUACGGCUGAUGCUUGCAAGAUCGCCCCCGUCGUGAAUGAGCAAGUCAACGGCACGUUGAGCAAGCUCCCCGGAUGCAACCCGCUGCAGAACGGGCCCGGGGACGCGACUAUGUACUCGGACUCCAACUGCCCCACCCAUUGA